UCGCCCCACCCCACCCCACCCGCGACGCGGGCGACUUGGCUUCCGCGCCCGGUCGGUCUUGCCCGGCAGCCGGCACGAGUGGCUGGCGAGGCGGGUCGCCCUCGCCAUAUUAGCGCCUCCCUCCUCCUCCUCCUGCUCCUGCGCGCCCCUGCUCGUAAUCCUAACCGCCCUGGUUUCUCUACACGCUACGGGACCGGUAACUUCUAGAACCCACCACCUUCCAUCCUUCCUUCCUUUCCUCUCUCUCUCUCUCUCUCCUCGCGCCCACGGUGCCCGCCAGCCAGAUCCGCGCGUUCACCGGCGCCAUGGCCGCCGAGCAUGCCACCGCCGCGGUGGGUGAGCCGCCUCCCGCCACGUCGCAGCCGGCGGAGGGCGUGACGGCGGCGGCGGGCCAGAGGUCCGUGCCCACGCCGUUCCUCAGCAAGACGUACCAGCUGGUGGACGACCCGGCGGUGGACGACAUCAUCUCGUGGAACGACGACGGGUCUGCCUUCAUCGUGUGGCGCCCGGCGGAGUUCGCGCGCGAUCUGUUGCCCAAGUACUUCAAGCACAACAACUUCUCCAGCUUCGUGCGCCAGCUCAACACCUACGUGAGCGCCCCGUCCCGUUGCAUCCAUCGUUUCGUCUCGGGGUUCAGGAAGAUCGUGCCGGACAGGUGGGAGUUCGCGAACGACUGCUUCCGCCGAGGGGAGAAGCGGCUGCUCUGCGACAUACACCGCCGGAAGGUGUCGCCGGCCACGGGGGCGGUCACGGUGGCCGCCGCCGCUGCGGCCAUCCCGAUGGCGCUGCCCGUGGGCUCUCCGGUGUACUCCGGCGAGGAGCAGGUGCUGUCAAGCUCGUCCCCGGAGCCCCCGUCGCUGCAGCAGCACCCGCCGGCGCCGUCCGGGUCGGGCUCCGGCGGGGUGGUCUCGGGCGACGUGGGCGAGGAGAACGAGCGGUUGCGGCGGGAGAACGCGCGGCUGGCGCGCGAGCUCGGACAGAUGAAGAAGCUCUGCAACAACAUCCUCCUCCUCAUGUCCAAGUACGCCGCCACUCAGCAGCCGGACGCCGCCAAGGAGGCGGCCGCCGGGAACUGCACCGGCGAGUCGUCGGAUGCCGCCGCGGCGCCUCCGCUCCCUUCGAUCCUGGAGCUCCUACCCUCGUGCCGCGCCGACCCCGCGCCCGCUGCAGCCGGAACGGAUCACGAGGAUGACGAAAAGGCGGGCGCUAGGCUGUUCGGCGUCUCCAUCGGGCGGAAACGAAUGCGGGACGAGAGCGACCACCACGCCGGCGUCUGCGCAGCGGAGGUGAAAGCCGAGCCGGUGGACGCGCGUCCCGACCAGCAGCGGCAGCGCAACGCCACGGAGCCGCAGUCGUGGCCCAUUUACCGGCCCAGGCCUGUGUACCACCCGCUCCGGGCCUGCAACGGCUCGGGCAGCGCUGGGAGCGACCACGACGGGUCCAACGACUCGAGUUAAAAUUGAGAUGAAGCAUCUUCACGAAGAAGUUGGACGGAGGGGGAAAAGGAGGGAGUAAAACUGUUCUCUGUUCUUGUUGAAGCUAGUUGGUGAUGCAACGCAACAGUGGAAUCCUUGUCAGCUAGAUAGCUAGUCCAAAUUGCGCUUUGCACUUUCUGUUUUGCUGGGGUUAAUUUGAUACGUGUGAGCAUGUAUAGGAACGUGUCCAGAACAUCUAGAUUAGCUGAGGUGGUCGCUGGUCAGAAUUUGAGAUGGAUAUUCCGAUAAA